GCGAAGUCCAUUGAGUUGCCGACCUCCGAAAAGUGCAAUGUUGGUGACUGGGUCAUUGCUUCUCUUCCGGCGCUAGCCAAUUCGACUAAGCGCGACCUUGGCCUUGUAAAAGUAUGGGAAAUUGUGCAGCGUGACGGGUCCGACGCCUAUCAGCGGGGUAGCGUGGACUUUGUACUCGCUCAAGAGACUGACAUACUGCCGGCGCACCCUCAAUACAAGAUGCCUGUUGUUCGGCCCCGACCAACGCUGUUUCAGGAUAUCCGCUGCUCGGUUAACGUUGUACACAACUGCAACGACAACCAUUGCGAGUUACAGUCGACACACCAGAUACAGCAGGAAAACGAGGGAACUCAGCGCUUCGCUAAGCGCGUCUCGCACAAAAAUCCGGACGAGCUUAUUCUCAACUGUGGGCAGAUGCGCAGCGCCCGCCUGAUCAGCGCUCUGUACCCUCCGAUUCCACCCACAAAUCACCAAGAACUGACUCGCGAGUCAGCUAAGAAGCUCUGGGCGAAAAAACAUCGCGGCGCCAGAGCACGGAAUGAGGACGCGGCAG